UAUAAGUAAAAUAAGUAAAUAAGGGGAAGAGGGGUGGAUGGUUCCUUCUUUGCAAACGGAUUGGUUCCCGACAAAUAAGUGAGGCGACGAGAAAAGAGGGACGGAAUCGGAUUGCAAAGAUAACGAGGAAUUUCCAGGCAGAAGCUGGAUAUGAUCAGGGAGAUUUGUGUAUCCGCUCGAGUUUCUUGCCUUUUUCUCUUUAAUUUCUAGGGUUUUUGUGUUUCCAAUUUAGCCAGAAUCGUAUAUUUCUGUCGGAAGUUGGUCGGUCGGACGGCCGGCGGUUUCAGGUUACCGAUGCGAAUUUCUAUGGACAAACAUAUGUGUGUAUUGUUGAUGUGUGUGUUGGUGGAAUCGGCGGCAUCGUUUGGAUCGGCUUCAACACCCUCUGUCUGCCCUCGUGAUUUCAACUCCUUCCUCUACGAUCUCAAUUCGCAGUGCCCGUUUUCAAAUCCCUUCUCUUCGCCACCUACCCAGGUGGAUGGAGAUUCAUUGGAGAAAGCUGUUAACUCCAGUCAGAAAAAUGAAUACACUGCUAUUCUGUUUUAUGCUUCCUGGUGUCCUUUCUCAAGCACCUAUCUGUCGAAGUUUACAACUCUCAGCGCCAUGUAUCCUUACAUCAAACAUGUAAUGGUUGAACAAUCUUCAGCCAUGCCAAGUGUAUUCUCUAGAUAUGGGAUUCACAGUGUACCGGCACUGCUGAUGGUGAAUCAGACAUCAAGGGUGAGAUAUCAUGGUCAAAAAGAUCUCCAGUCGCUUGUAAAUUUCUAUAAAAGAGCUACAGGGCUACAUCCUCUGAUCAAUUUAGUCGAAGAAACAGAGACUCCAAAGGAUUCUGCAGGUGGUUCACAUGUCCUUAAACUCUGGGAUGGAGCGUCACUGAAGGUGACAUUCGCGAAGGAACCUUAUCUGCUGCUUUCUGUUAUGUUUGUCAUCCUGAGGGCUUUCCUCUACCUUUUCCCGGAAAUUUUAUCGCGGUUAAUGGCACUAUGGAUGGCAUACAUUCCUCGUCUCAAUCUUUCAAUAUUUGGAGAGUCGAGGCAGGUCUUAGGGCACGUGCUACAUCUGAUUGAUGUGAAGAGAAUUUGGAGCAAGCUGAAAAUUUGCAAGACAAGGAACUUCCACCAAGGGGCGAGAAAUGCGGGAGUUUGGGCAUCAUCCCUAUCCUCGGUGUCCCUGGGCAAAGCUCUGUCAUCCUCGUCGUCUUCUUCAUCGACCAGAGGGCUGUGAGCGACCAAAUUAAACAACCGGUAUGCUGCUCUGCUCUGCUACUUUUUGUAAACUCUUUGGCGCUCGAUCUUUGUGUGGAAAAGCUUAAAAAAAAUGUUUGCUAGUGGGGGGCAGUGAGGAAUGGUGUAAAUUUUACGACAUCUAUGUAUUCCUCCAAUGCAAUGCAAUGUACAUGAUCAUCAUCGUGUAGUUAAAGUUGGACUUUGAUUUCUGGCCUUCA